AUGGGUAAAGGUAUCACUGGCACCUACCGAAUUAUCUCGUCAGAUAAAAUCCCGCUUGUCAUCCAGGACCUUCAACACAAUCCGUCCGCACCAACAAUGGACUCACUUGAGAAAGUUAACUUUCCUAUUCGCAUGUUAGACGAGAAAGUAUUUGCGCCUUGCAUGACAAUCAAUCCGCCUGGAAGCGCCAUCGGUCUAGUCGCUGAGACUGGCCCUGUGUUUGCAGUCCAGGUGAAUUUUAUCUGCGGUGGUCUCGUUCUCACCAUUGUCGGACAACACAAUACUAUGGAUAUGACCGGACUGGUAAGUAGUAUUAAUUUGCUCGAUAAAGCGUGUCACCGAGAGCCAUUCUCUGAUGAGGAUCUUUUCAUCGGUAAUAUGGAUAAAAGCGAAUCUAUUCCUUUGUUUGAUGAAACAUGGAAACAUAGUUCUGCGCUGGGCCAUGAGAUAGUGCAGACUUCCAAGAAUACAAGUGUAAGCACGAAGGUACCACCUUCUCCUUCAAAGUCUAGUUGGGGUCAUGUGGAAUUUUCUGCAAUCUCGCUGCAAAAUCUGAAGGCUCUGGCGGCGCAAACAGUUAGUCCCUAUUCAAGUUUCGUCUCCACUGAUGACAUUGUUACCGCUUUCAUCUGGAAAUUAAUUUCUCGAGCUCGAUUAUCUAGAAUGGAGCCAGAGACAAGAUCAACUUUAGGGCGUGCAGUGGAUGUUCGAAAACGAUUAGGACUUCCAAUGACGUAUCCAGGGUUGUUAGUGAACAUGACGUACACUACGUAUUCGCUUGAGAGCAUAGACCAGGAACCCUUAGCGCGCUUGCAUCACAGCUUCGCAGGAAGCUAG